GCCUAACCUAACCUUACUAACCUAACUUUAAAAAGUAAACAAAGUAAACCAGUAGUUAACAGUUUAAUUUGAAUAAUAAUAAAAUGGAUAUCAAUUAUUUAAACGUUAAUUUAAAUUUCCGAACAAUAAAGCAGGACAUUUUGAAAGGAAUUUACCAGUGUUCAGAAAGAGGACUUCUCCAAUCCCUAAAAUGGCUCUCAGAGUUAAAUUUUGCAUUGAAUCACAUUGAACUGAUUCCAGAAGAAAUUCCAGUCUUAGAAGACGAUUCCGGUAGUGAAUAUUCUACGUAUUUACUAGCAAAAUCCUAUUUCAAUCUCAAAGAAUACGAUAGAUGUGCUCAUUUCAUACGCGAAUGUAAUACACCGAAAGCUCGAUUUUUGCACUACUAUGCCAGAUAUUUUUCGAUAGAAAAAAAGAAAUUGGACAGUAUGACUGAUACAAACUGCCCACCGGAUCCCACUCAAAACGAAGCACUGAAAUCCCUGUGUUCUGAUUUGAAAAAUGGUUUUUAUGAGAAUAAAUUGGACGGCUAUUGUUCCUAUCUUUACGGUAUAGUUUUAAAGAAACUGGACCUUAAAUCGUUAGCCAUCGAUGUUCUCAUGAAAGCAGUUCAAGAGGAGCCGAUAUUGUGGAGUGCCUGGUACGAAUUGGGUAAACUUAUAGGCGAUAAAAAUAAAAUUUGUUUUAAUAAUUUGCCCGAGCAUUGGAUGAAGCACUUUUUCCUGGCUCAUACUUAUUUGGAACAACUGAAUAACGACGAAGCUGUGCAGAUAUACCAGAAGCUAUACGAGAUGGGGUUUGAAAAUAGUACUUAUAUAAUGUCACAGAUUGCACUUGGACAUCAUAAUAAUAGAAAAUUAGAGGAAGCAAUCGAAAUGUUCAAAAAAAUCCUGGAACUAGAUCCUUAUAGACUGGACAAUUUAGACACGUACUCAAACUUACUGUACGUGAUGGAGAAAAAAACCGAAUUGGCAAAUUUGGCUCACAAAGUUGUGGAAAUCGACAAAUACAGAGUGGAAACUUGCUGCGUAAUCGGAAACUAUUACAGUCUCAGGUCGGAUCAUGCAAAAGCAGUUUUGUAUUUUAAAAGGGCUCUCAAAUUAAAUCCGCAAUUUCUUUCGGCUUGGACUCUAAUGGGUCACGAAUACAUGGAAAUGAAAAACAUUAAUGCCGCCAUACAAAGCUAUCGAUAUGCUAUUGAAAUUAAUGUUAGAGAUUACAGAGCUUGGUACGGUUUAGGGCAAACAUAUGAAAUUCUAAAAAUGCCCUUUUAUUGUUUGUAUUAUUAUAAGCAAGCUCAACAAUUGAAACCCAAUGAUAGUCGGAUGAUUAUUGCACUGGGAGAAACUUAUGAAAAACUAGAUAGGACAGAAAAUGCCCUAAAAUGCUACUACAAGGCUUGCAGCGUUGGCGAUAUUGAAGGGUCUGCCCUUAUUAAACUGGCAAAGUUGUAUGAUAAAUUAAACGAUGUUGACAACGCUUCGGCAGUUUUCAUUGAUUACUGCCUCAAAGAGGAAGAAAAAGAGGAAAAGGUACCCGAGGAACAGACUGAGUAUUAUAGCGCUUUGCAAUAUUUAGCUAAUUAUUAUUUGAGAAAGGGAGAUUUGGAUGAUGCUUAUACUUAUGCGUAUAAAUGUAUGGAAUGUGAAGAGACAAAAGAACAAGGAAAAGCUCUACUGAAAGCCAUUGCAUCCAAACGAUUAGAACAAGAUGAAGAACCAGAAAGCAACGAAGGAUUGCCCUCCAAAGUCGAUCCCAUGGAUCUUACUUUUUAAUGUUUCAAACAUGUAAAAUAUUAA